AUGAAUACUAACUUAUGUUUUUCAAGUUUAAUUUUACAGAUUCUUUUUCUUUUAGCUUCCUAUGGUGCACUUUGUGGAAAACUUGGUGUUUUGGGUGGCUUCGGUAAUAUUGAUUUAAAGCUAGUGAGAAAACUAUUGCGCUUUGUUAUUAAGGAUAGUUGCGCAUGUGAUUUGAAAGCAUCACACACGUACUUGGCACUGGCAACUCCUGCGGCAUUGGUCAAAGAAGGAUACUUAUUUAGCAAAAUUUUACUUUCGGAUCAAGUUGUUAUUCUUCCAAUUGCACCAGGAGAUUACGUGACAGAACAAGUGAUUAAGGCUAAGUUAGCAGCAUGUUAUGCUCCUCCACCCCCUCUUCCUUAUCUUCCACCACCACCUCCACCAUACAAGCCACCUGCUCCUUACCUUCCACCUCCACCUCCACCACCUCCUCCUUACAAACCACCUCCUCCUCCGUAUGUAGCUCCACCUCCUCCAUACGUCCCACCUCCACCUCCACCAUACAUCCCUCCUCCCCCUCCACCACCUAUUCCAUAUGUUGCUCCCCCUCCACCAUCUGCUCCAUAUGUGGCCCCUCCUCCUCCAUAUAAGCCUGCACCACCUUCCCCAUAUGUGGCCCCUCCUCCACCACCUGUUCCAUAUGUGGCCCCUCCUCCUCCAUAUAAGCCUCCACCACCUCCCCCAUACGUACCUCCACCGCCACCUCCUCCAUAUAUUCCUCCUCCUCCACCACCACCACCUCCUCCAUACGUUCCUCCUCCACCGCCACCACCUCCUCCAUAUGUUCCACCACCACCACCACCUCCUCCUCCAUAUGUUCCUCCUCCACCACCACCACCUCUUCUUUACAAAGCACCACCUCCUCCCCCUUACCAACCACCACCUCCACCCCCUCCUCCUUACAAACCACCACCUGUAGUAGCUUAUCCUCCACCCCCUCCUCCUUACAAACCAUCACCUGUAGUAGCUUAUCCUCCACCACCAACCCCUCCUCCUUACAAACCACCACCUGUAGUAGCUUAUCCUCCACCACCACCCCCUCCUCCUUACAAACCACCACCUGUAGUAGCUUAUCCACCCCCUCCUCCGCCACCUCCUUAUAAACCUCCACCUGUAGCACCAUAUCCUCCUCCUCCACCACCUCCUUACAAGCCACCACCUGUAGUAGCUUAUCCACCCCCUCCUCCUCCACCUCCUUAUAAACCUCCUCCUGUAGUAGCUUAUCCACCCCCUCCUCCUUAUAAGCCUCCUCCUGUAGUAGCUUAUCCACCCCCUCCACCACCUCCUUAUAAACCCCCUCCUGUAGCACCAUAUUCUCCUCCCCCACCACCUCCACCACCUGUAGUAGCUUAUGAUCCCCCUCCACCACCUCCUCCUUAUGAGCCGCCACCUGUAAUAUCAUAUCCCCCUCCACCACCAAAGAAGUAUGAAUAUUAAUUUUAUGAAGAAUAAGAUUGAGUGUAUUUAUUAAUUCAAGAAACUAUUUUUUGUUUGUAACUUACAUUGAUUAGUUACAAACACAACAGCUUUUAAAAAAAGACUUUCCUUCUACGUUCAUCAUUUAAUUCAUCAACUGGAUUGGAAUAUUUGUAAGAACACGUCAUUAUUUUUAUUGAAGUCUUAUUUUUUUGUGAUUCUGUACAUAGUAGCAUAUUUAUUUUCUAGUUUUUGUCAAACUGCGUCUCCAUGUAUAUAUGAAGUAGAAUAAACUUUUGUAUGCAUUGCUUACAAUAAAGUUUUUCGUUUUGUUAAAUAGUCUUAAUUAUUAGUCAUAUUUAUUUUCAAGUUUUUGUUAAACUGCUUCUAGAUACGAAGUAGAAUAAAAUUUUGUAUGCAUUGCUUACAAUAAAGUUUUUCGUUUUGUUAAA